AUGUUCAUGGCCAACAUGUUGAGGCUAGUGUUGGCCUUGUGUGUUUUGAGCAGCGUGGUUGUGACAUCCUCGGCUCAAACGUGUAGAAGCCAAACAUUCUCCAACAGGGUGUUUGCUACAUGUCGUGAUCUUCCACAGUUGACAUCUUACCUGCACUGGACAUACGACCAGGCGAGUGGGAAGUUGGAGAUAGCAUUCAAACACGCUGGAAUCACCUCAACUAACAGGUGGGUGGCGUGGGCCAUCAAUCCCAAGAACACUCUGGAUCCAGCCAUGAUUGGGGCCCAGGCCCUGGUGGCUAUUCCUCAGUCGAAUGGAAGCCCAAGGGCCUAUACCUCAUCCAUAGCGAGCACCAGCACACAGUUGGAACAGGGGGACAUCAGUUAUCCGGUGUCGGGGUUCAGUGCCACGUACGAGAACAACGAGGUCACCAUUUUCGCCACUCUCACACUUCCCAACGGCACCACCUCCUUGGUCCACGUUUGGCAAGAUGGGCCUCUCUCUGGCACUACCCCUCAAGAGCACAGCCACGAGACUUCCCACCAGAACUCCAAGGAAACGUUGAAUCUCCUUUCCGGUUCCACUCAGACAGCUGGGAAUUCACGCCAAAGAAGAAGAAACACCCAUGGAGUGCUAAAUGCGGUGAGCUGGGGCAUAUUGAUGCCAACGGGUGCCAUAAUCGCAAGGUACUUGAAGGUGUUUAAAUCUGCAGAUCCUGCUUGGUUUUAUCUUCACAUCACUUGCCAAGUCUCUGCCUACAUAGUUGGUGUUUCUGGAUUCGGAACCGGUCUCAAACUCGGCAGUGAGUCCAAGGGUGUUGAGUAUGACACUCACAGAACACUUGGUAUUAUCCUCGUCUGCCUUGGAACCCUUCAGGUGUUUGCGCUGUUCUUGAGGCCCAACAAAGACCAUAAACUCAGAGUGUACUGGAAUGCCUACCACUACUUGGUGGGAUACGCCACCAUAUCCAUAAGUAUCGCCAACGUUUUCAAAGGGUUCGAGACCUUGGAAAAUUACGUAGGGAAUCGUUACAAUAGCUGGAAGCAUGCGUACAUUGGUAUCAUUGGAGCAUUGGGUGGCAUUGCUGUGUUUUUGGAAGCUUUCACAUGGAUCAUAGUGUUGAAGAGGAGGAACUCAGAGGACAAGUUGGCGCACGGAGCAAAUGGUGUUAAUGGGUAUGAUUCUAGGCCACAGCAGGCGUAG